AUGACUAAGGAAGAGAAGCAGAAAGACACAAGAUACCCCUUGGAUGCUGUCAGAAUGUGCAGGAACUGUUAUUUAUGGGCUGCAGUGUGGGAACAGUUAGCUAAAAAUCUGGUGAAGAUUGUACUGACAACAGAGAAACAGAACUUCCUGCUGUUUGACAUGACGACACAUCCCCUCACCAAUAACAACAUUAAGCAGCGCCUCAUCAAGAAGGUACAGGAAGCCGUUCUCGACAAAUGGGUGAACGACCCUCACCGCAUGGACAAGCGCCUGCUGGCCCUCAUCUACCUGGCCCACGCCUCGGAUGUCCUGGAGAACGCCUUCGCUCCCCUGCUGGACGAGCAGUACGAUUUAGCCACCAAGCGGGUGCGGCAGCUCCUGGACCUGGAUCCUGAAGUGGAGUGUCUGAAGGCCAGCACCAACGAGGUGCUAUGGGCGGUGGUGGCCGCCUUCACCAAGUGACUCAGCCCCGAGCCAGGCGCUGUCCUUUCUCUCGUGUGAGCCAGUAGUUUUUCUUCUAUGGACUUCUGGUUUUCUGCAGUUUGUC